AUGAUUAUUACAGUGAAUCAAGAUAUUUAUUCUAUUAAUUCAAUCUAUUUAGAUACUCGCAGUUUAAGUCAAGAUGAAGCCAACACAUUAAAACAAUGGCUACUCAAACAAUUUGGAGAUAAAAUCAAGAAUGUUAAAAUCAAUACCAAACUUGAUCAACAUCCAUGUAUAAUAACAACAAACGAAAUGGGUGCUGUUCGUCAUUUCUUGAAAACCAAUUUACUUCAACGAAAUAAGCAACAAGAAAUUUAUAAACUUCUUCAACUUAACUUUGAUAUAAAUCCAAAGCAUAUCUUAAUAAAAAAACUUUUUACAUUACAUAAAUCAAAUAAUACUGAAUUAGCAAAUAUGCUCGCACAACAAUUGAUCGAUAAUGCAUUGGUUACAGCUGGUCUCGUUGAAGAUCCACGUUUAGUACUUACUGGUUUAAAUAAACUGCUAGAAAAAGUACUUGAAAAAUACUAG